AUGCCAACUCAGCCCUCGGCCCAGGGAACUUUCAGUCAAAUCGAAGGAAACCCUACCGGCUGGAAUGUGCCAUCUGAGAAUGACUCUGACGCGGGCGACGACUAUAAUGGGGACGUGACCGGGCUAGAUUGCCAAUGGGAUAUGCUGAACCGUGGCCUAUGGGAUUUUGAAGCAAUGACUGUCGCCAUUCGGCAGCGUUACCUGACCGAGGUUUGCAAACUCCCUCCUCAGGCCGCUCCAGCAAAUCUCGAGGACCUGCCCUGGCGCGCGGCUCCCAAACAACGCACAGAUGGCGACCAGACGGAAUUCUACGAAUAUAUUCCUCUAUGGACCGACCCGGAAUUUGAAACCGACAGGAAGAGUGGCCCAAGGUACUUCCAGGGUAGCCUCCUCAACAGGCUUUAUCCGGCGCAGACCGAGGAGAGUCUCGCGAAGAAUCCCACCGAAAUGGCCAAACGAUACGGAAUCCAUCCCGAUCGGACUGAUGGCCGCUCGAGACUGUCUCCAGAGGGGUCCGUCUCAAGGCGCUACCAGCUAAAGAACGGGGAUUGGGUCGAUACCGGCGAUCUGGACAGAUUCCUCGAGGAACAUUACUUCUUGUCAGAAGCGGCACAAGCGUCCCAGCAGAGCAUCGAAACCUACAUUGAGGAUCAGUCGCAGAGGACCGCGACAACUGAGGAAGAAGAAGCAACGCUUGAGAUGUGGAAGCUAUGUCGGAAGCACAACGCGGAGCUCAAGAAGGAUGCGGAUUAUCAACGAUUCGUCUUCAACGGCUACACAACCGACGAGGUAGGCUUUUACACUUUUGACGGUGCCACUCGGAAGACUGAGCUACCUAUGGACCCGAGACUUACCUUUAUUUUCUACCAGCUGCAAAAACUCGGUGUGCUUGACUUCAGUAAUGAUGUCUACUUUGACCUGCAAGGACCCCUGCAUCCUAUUCUUACUCGAGACAGAUGGCUUCCGGCGCCGGCUGGUGCAGGUACAAAAGAUUUUCCUCGGCAGUAUUAUGCAAUUAGGGGCGAAAAUCAAAUCCACCAUACAGGACUGUGGACAGCGCAAGACCCGCUGAUCUGGGAUGCCCUACAACCUGCGCUUCAGCUACUGACACGCAUCUUGAACUCGAACCUGCCGGCCUGGACUGGCCUUCUAGAUUUGUACACACGUCUACAAGUCGACCUCGACCGAGAUCCACUCGCCGACUCGUUCAGGAAUGAAGCAAAAAAGGGCUCCCCGUGCACUUGUCGAAAUGCGUGGCACACAGAAGCCCACCCCUUUAGUACCAAAAACUUCCCUGAGCUUUUGAAGCUGUGCGAAAGCGGAUUCGACUCGUCCGCCUGGACAAGAGAGCUGGUGACCAAGUCGCUACGGUUCAAGAUAGAGUCGUGUAACCGAUUCGCCGACGAAGAUGACCCAGACGCUCUGCGCGCAACGUUCGGCUUCACGUGUAUGAGGGCGUCGGGCGACAAACUAUACACGACAGUUUCGAUCGGUGCAGAGUUGAUCUGGCCGCUUCUUUCGAUUCACACCUCCAACGCAGAAAAACGAACUUGUUCCUUUGCGCUUGCGGCGAUUCUACUCCACGAAAUUGCGCACGCCAUAGUCAUGGCACAAAGUUCAGCUGUCGUUCAUCAGCCCAGUCUCGACUGUGUGGCCGAUCCAAAGCAGAAAGAUUUACUAAAGCGAGCAUGUUGCCGCUUGUUUAGCCCCUUGGUUGAUGAGCCCUUCUUCGAGGAUGAGCCAACAGCCGAAGCUGGAUUUGCCCUGGAGAACCAGGUAUUCGGUGGUGUUCUGACGUAUGCUUUACGCUCAUCAUCCGACCUGCAACCUGUGCCUGUGCAACUGAUAAUGACGCAGCUGAACUCGAAAGCUUGGCCUUUCUCGAGGCUUCUGGCCUGGGUAAAACCAACCAAGAACACCAAGCAGCUGCUUAGUCCCCCACAGCGGAUGCUGGACAUGAAAAGAGCCGUUCCCUCAGACACCAUCGCCAAAGUCUUUUCCCAGUCGUUCUGGGACAAGGAUUUUGCCAGAUAUGGACCCGAGACCUUGAAGGUUCAGGGCGGCCGCGUGUUGAAGAAGCCUCCCCUCACCGCACCAAUCGUCGGCUCCCACUGGUACGUGUACGGACCGAACAGGGGCUUCUUCCUCAAGAAGGCGUGUUAUGUGCUGAAGACAUCCGGGUAUAACACCAUAGCGUGUUAUCUGGAGAGCAGGGCACGGCAGCGUGGGAUGGGCGUUGCCACGAGGCGUCUCUGGCAUUACGAGCACAGGGCCUGGCCGGAUAUGAGCAAGGAUCUGGACCAAGCCGCCAAAGAGGUGCGCGAAGCUGCCACAAAAUACCUGCCAUUGUUCGAAGAUGCAGUCGCGCCCGCUGCCGAGCGCCGUGUCUUGUUUGCAAAUCGGCACCAAGUCACGCCAGGCACCGAUCCUUCAGUCGGUCUUGAGGCCUGGAUUCAAGACGCCGAACAAUCCAGAUCUCACAGCUUUGGCGUCCUGCUUGGCAGGCUGAUGAAGCUACACCGACUGCUGACUGCAAGGUUCGAAUACACGCAGUCGAUGCUGUGUACCCUGACCACACUGGAAUCGGCAGACAGGGAGAAGAUCCGCCGGAAACACUUUGGUCGACUGGUGAAUGUACACCACCGUGUUCCCUUUCGCCUUGCGUCGAAGCUCGCCAUCGCUGUCAGGUCACUGGCCCAGCUCUACCGCUUGCGCACCAGGCGCCUGCCGCAGGAACCCGGGACGCAACCCGGCGAUUCAGCCCUGCAAAUCAAAUUGCAAGAGGACUUGGGGGACCUCAGGAGACAGGAAAGACUGUUCCGUACGCUCGAGGGCAUGUUUCGCAACCACCUGGGCCCGCCCACCUCAGGCGAGUACUCUGGGCAGUUCUGGGGCCCGGAGAGGUUCAUUGCCGUGACGAGCCUCAACCCCGCGACUGAGCCCGAGGUCUUUUUCGAAGCGGCCUGCAGCGACCUCAAGAGAGUAAAAGACCCCGACGUGAUCCGGAUCGUUGAUGAAGUCUUCAAAAUCCUGAAGGCUUUCGAGGGGAGCGAGGAGAGGGCACCCUCGCCCGCGUCGUCGCUUGCUUCCACGGCGCCCCCGCCCUCGCCUAGUGGAGGAUCAGGGGCCGGGCCGGUCAGUGCCACUCAACCGCAGCCGGGGGAGCCAUCGGCGGGGGAAUCCACGACCGAGUCUAGGAAGCGGUCGUGGCGUCAGACUGAAGGCGGGACCGAUGCUUCCGGAAACGAAACUGAUCUUCCACCGGCGAAACGUGUGCAUCUGCUUGACAAGGACUCAGACGCGCCAUAUAUUCGAGACGCAGAGUCCUGUGCGAGAAACAGAAAAGCCUUUGAGGCAUCCGAUCGCGCGACGAUCGACCAAGGCGACCCACCUACGAAUUUCAACACCAGCCAGCCGGCCCCGUCGGGCAUGAUCGCAUUCCCUGACCCAAAGACGGGCUUUGUGCAGUUUGCGCCGCAGUCGCGGGCCGCGGAGGUGGGACCCAUGCUUCAGCAGGCGGCGCAAGAGAGGGAAACCUCGGCGGCGCAGGCCCGGCAGGCUCUGGUCGACUUGGAGGCGCGGGAUCGCGAUCGGCAGCGGAUACAAGGGCCGCUGACUGCGGGCGAGAGGGCGGCGCUCUCGAAUCUGCAACACCGGGAGACCGACUUUGAUGCGUUCAAGCUCAAGGAAAGGGUGAUUCGGGCGUUUGAAGCAAUUUGGGAUGGUCUUGGAGGGCAGGAUGAGGAUGUGGAAAUGCAGCUUUGA